AUGGCUGCAACCGCUAACACCGCAGCUAUUUUCGCCUCUUCUUCGCAGCCUUUAUCCUCUAAACGAAUUUUAUUGUAUAGUUCAUCGAUUGGUCCAAUAAUACAAAGGAGAAUUCCAAAGAAGAAACUUGAUCUUCAAGUAAAAGCUGUUGCCACGACUCUUGCAACCCAAGAAGAGAUCAAAGAAUAUAAGCUUCCUUCAUGGGCAAUGUUCGAGAUGGGGACGGCUCCUGUGUAUUGGAAAACCAUGAACGGUUUUCCUCCAACCGCAGGUGAAAAGUUGAAACUUUUCUAUAAUCCAGCUGCAACCACUCUCAUUCCUAACGAGGACUAUGGGGUUGCUUUCAACGGAGGAUUUAACCAACCAAUAAUGUGUGGUGGUGAACCAAGAGCAAUGCUUAAGAAAGAUCGAGGCAAAGCCGAUUCUCCCAUUUACACUAUGCAGAUUUGCAUUCCUAAGCACGCUGUGAAUAUGAUAUUCUCGUUCACCAACGGUGUCGAUUGGGACGGUCCGUACAGACUUCAGUUCCAAGUCCCCAAGCGAUGGCAAAACAAGCCAAUUGAGUUCUUCAAUGAGGGUCUAGCGAAAGAGUUGAGCCAAGAUGGAGCCUGCGAGAGAGCAAUAUUCCCGGAUUCGAACAUCGUUGCGACACGGUGCACAAUGAUCGCCAACUUGACGGUCGAAGGAGGAGAUAGAUGCAAUCUGGAUCUGGUUCCUGGGUGCAUGGAUACAAAUUCUGAACAUUUCAACCCGUUGGCUAAUGUUGAUGAUGGCUCUUGUCUCCUUGAGUUAUCUGAUUCUGAUGAAUAG